AUGGAGGAUGGAGCUCGUAACGACGCCGAGUUGGGAAUCCUGGAGUAUGCUGUUGCAAGUGACUUGAUCAUUGCUAACACGCAGUAUCGGAAAAGAAAAUCGCAUUUGAUCACGUACACCAGCGGCGGUCGUAAAACAAAUAGAUUUCUGGAUGUUACGCCGACGAGAUCGCCGACUUCUGCAGGAUUCAAAAGUCAUCCCUACAGAUCAUUUCGCCGCCCAACACCAUUUGCUUGUCAUGGACUUGAAAAUCUCCCGUUCAAGGCAGAGACAUCUAAGGACUGA